GUAGUACAGUGUCAGACAAUUAUUUAAAAGAAAUUGUCAUUGAAGUCCAUACAGUCUGUUUUGGUAGAGACAAAAAAGAACUCUGAAAACCAAAAGAGUAAAGUUUUGGAGGAUAAUUUAAAUGGAAACAAACACUUAUCAUGUCUCUGUGGAAAAACUGCAGACAGGAGGAGUGUUUAUUUUAAGGAAGGGGCACAUUAAUAAGAGAAGUGACAAGUUCCUAGCUUGUAAAUAGAGAAGGGAGAGAAUCAGCUUGAACUCUUCGGAGCAUCAGUAUGAAAGUUUGUCACAUUUUGUUCUGCGUCAUCUUCCUCCACCUGCAGGAUGGAAACACUGGACUUGCCAACGCUGAAACUCUCAUCUAUGAAAGACUGGAAGGAGGAAACAUCACAGUUGAAUGUAAAUUUUAUAUCCCUGGAAGAAAGACAUUGUUCUGCAAAGACAAAUGUGAAACUGGAAACAUUCUCAUUGAAACAACUGAUUACACAGCUCAGAGCGACAGAUACAGCAUUAAAUAUGAAAAAAAAUAUUUCUCAAAGGAUAUUGUGCAUGCCAGCAUCACACAGCUGAACAAGUCUGAUUCAGGACGGUACAGCUGCACACUGGACACGAGUUUUCAACCAUGUGAUGUCCAGCUUGUCAUCACAGGAGCUUCAGACACUCCAGCACCUCAUGAGCCUUUAUCAACAUCAACAUUUCUCUUAUCAGCUUCCACAACAACAACAACACACUUCAGUUCAGGAAGCUUCACACCUUCAUCAACCUCUCCUGAAACACCAUCAUCAGGCUCAGCAACUUUGCUGAUUUUCUACAAGAACAGGAAGGCCAUUAAACCCAAAGGACCUCCUGUGGAAACAGAGUAUGCCAACAUUACACGGGCCAAGCAAGAAAUAAGAGAGGGGGCCCCACAGAGGAAGGUGGAAGUGUCUUCAAUUUACACCACUGCAAAAGGCCCCCAACCAGAUGGAGCUGAAAACAUCGACCUCUACAACCUCACCACCUGUUCUCAGAACAAAGCUGAAGACGACAUGAAUAAAGUUAAUUAUGCUGAAGUGGAUUUUUCCAACAUUCCUGCCACCAACAACACAUCCUGUAGUAAAACGGAUGAAGUUGUCUAUUCCACACCUCUGGUACAUACCAGCCCUUCCAACCUCACCACAGAUGCUUCACCUCCUCUGUACUCUGCAGUUAAGAAACAGUAUUAAUGCUGUUGAUGGCACUUUACCUCUCACAAAGAUCAACAAGUGAUUAUAAUUCAGACAAAACUGAAUGUUCUUUUCUGUUUAUUGCAAAUAUUAAUGUGCUUUCAAUCAGUUAAUCUCAGGUUAAAAAUGUUUCUUUAUGGUAGUUGAUAGUUUAGUUUAACUUAACAGAAAACUAAUCCUGUUAUUCCCAUUAAUAUUUCCAUAGAAACUCUGUAGGACAGAUUUAAUGAAACAGUUGCAUAAAGCUCUGCAAACUGACCUGUGAGUAGUACAUUGCAUUUAGCUGUUGGAUUUCCAGAUAGUAAUCCUAUAACCAAGCCUGUGUCUGUAAUCAUGCAGCACUAUUAGAGAUCCCUAAUUGUAUUUUUUACUGUGGCUAACAGUCUGGAUAGAGGUUUACCUCAAGACCAUUCUGUCUCAACUCAUGCUCCAUAACUUUGGCUAACGGUGUGCAUGGUUAAUCAUUUUAAAAGCAUUUAUUUUAAUCAAAUAGUAGUUUGUUUGUUUUUUACCAGACCUGAAAAAACUGA